AUGGUUUCUGCAGGCCAAGCGAGGACCGUGGUUGGCAUCUUGGGUGGGUCAGAUUCUCUCACUAGAAUUCGCCGACUUAGCACACAAAGCUCACCAGCUCUCGUCUGACGCAGGUAACACGGUGUCUCUGGGGCUGUUCCUCUCCCCGGUGUAAGCCACCGCCGACCUUCUUCCUCAGCAUGGAACGACCUCUCUCUCUCUCUCUCUCUCUCUCUCUCUCUAAAGGUUUCUCUCUAUCUUACCAGGCCGACGUUCGCGGCCAUAUGCAGGAACAAGUCGGUGGAGCAGUUUUCGCCGGCGCCGUACCUGGCGAGCCUCCUCAACUGCAUGCUGUGGGUGCUCUACGGGCUCCCCUGCGUGCACCCACAUAGCACCCUCGUCCUCACGAUCAACGCCACCGGCGCCGCCGUCGAGCUCGCCUACGUCCUCCUCUUCCUCCUCCACUCCACCCGCCGCCAGCGCCUGCGAGUUCUCGCCGCCCUGCUGGCGGAGCUCCUCUUCGUCGUGGCGGCGGCGGCGAUCGUCCUCACGCUCGCUCACACCCACCAGCGCCGCUCCCUCGUCAUCGGCAGCCUCUGCGUCUUCUUCGGCACGCUGAUGUACGCCGCCCCGCUCUCCGUCAUGGUCAGCACCGCAAAACCCAGUACAUACGAGCCUCAAGCUCAGCUUUAAUGGCGGAUCUGACGACUCUCCCUUGCAGAAGCUGGUGCUGGAGACGAAGAGCGUGGAGUUUUUGCCGCUCGGCCUGUCCCUCGCCUCCUUCCUCAACGGGGUCUGCUGGACUUCCUACGCCCUAAUCCGCUUCGACCUCUUCAUCACUGUGAGCGACCCUCACUCGUUCUGUCCACAUUCAAUGAUAUGUUUACUUCUGCUCUAAUCUAACAUGAUUUGGCAGAUUCCGAAUAGCCUCGGGGUGCUAUUGGCGGCGGUUCAGCUGGCGCUGCACGCCGUCUUUUACAAGUCCACGAGGGAGAAGAUGGCGGAGAGGCGGCGGGGAGCGGAUGGGACGGGCUCGGCCGAGGUGGUGGUCAACGGAGACGCUGAGAAGGUGGGGCCUGCGCCGCCAAAUCGGCUGCACCCCUCGCCAGAGACUCACGAGAAGUGA